CUCUGCUACGGAGGCUGUCUCUAUGACAACGUAGCGGGCUACAGGCGGGGUUUGCCAGCUGGAGGCAGUCAUUCGGCGCUCAGCUGGCAUCACCGCUCCAGACGUGCACGGCGCAUCACACCCCGAGUGGAAUGGAAGAAACGGACAAGAAAGACAACGGGGAGUACACCGGAGAGAUAAAGGGUGGGAUGCGGCCCUCCAUGAAACUGGUCGUCAUGGGGAUCGUUAACAAAAAACCAAAAAGCAUCGAGGUGACCCUGUCCAGUCGGCCCCAGGAGGAGGACACGGAGGGGGACGUGGGUCUGCAGCUAAAGGUCAGCUUCACGGACAAGGCCGUGCAGCGCAACGCGCGCCUGGCGGGGAAGUGGGGCCCGUCUGAAAACACCCUCUCCUUCUUCCCUUUUGCACCCGGAGAAGCCUUCAAGAUGGAGAUCGUUUGUGAGCACCAGCAGUUUCGCAUCCUGGUGGACGGACAGCCGCUGUGUGGCUUCACCCACCGUCUCCCCCAGCUCGCCUCCCUCACCGCCCUGCGAGUCUUCGGCGACCUGCAGCUCACCAAGGUGGCCUAACCCCCCCCCACACACACACACACACACACGGCCUCCCGGGACAGUCCGCAAUACAAACACACACAAUUAGAGCAGAGCCACACCUCCAGUGCAUCCCUUGAGCCCCGCGGGGGAGAUGCUGUGUCCCCACUCCCCAAAUUCCUUACCCCUGCCUCGUAAUCAUGUGUUAAGACAAAGUGCCUUCACUAGAUUACCCGACUGGAGACUUGAAGAUACGGACUGAAUGUGACAGUGGUCACUGUCUUAAAAUCAACCACAGAAUGUGAUUUGCGCCAACAGGUUUGUGAGAGCUGCAUGAAGCUGAAUGUGUCUGAAACCAACUGAUUGUCCCAUUGAACAGGUGUAAUAAUGUCCAUUGAAUAGCCUAGUGCAUGUUGAUCUACACACACACACACACACACACACACACACACACACACACACACACACACACACACAAGCUUAUCUUUCACUCAGUCCAAACCCGAACACACCCCGGUUUCUGUACUUUACUUUCACCACCAGCCGGUUUCCUGCGAACGUUUCAUAAGGACUCACUGUUCGUCACCGCAAUAAAAAAAAAAACACCUUGUUGUUA